AUUUCAAAAUUUAGAACGUUCCCGUCGUCCUCCUCUCUCUCCCAGAGGCGGGAGCAGAAGGCGAUAUGGUUGUCAUUUCCAAUACUCCGGCGGACGCAAGUACCACCUCAACGUCCUUAGAUGAUCCUCUUCUCCCUUGGCUCUAUUCAGUUAAGAAAGCAAUCGAGUCUCAAAUCGCAUACGGGGGUGAAAACAGCGAAGCUCUUGAGCGAAUUGCUGUAGACUGCGUUCAGACCUUCAAAUCAGACCCUCGGUACCAAAAUGACGCCAGAUUUCUCCAGAUUUGGUUUAUCUAUAUGGAAUUCAGUUCAGAUUAUGACAGCGUUUUCCGAGAAAUGUUGCAGUAUAAGAUUUGUUUAUCAAAUAGUUUGCUUUAUGAGAAGUAUGCACUGCUUCUGGAAGCGAACUGCAGGCUGACUGAUGCUUUAAUGGUUUACCACUUGGGCAUUUCAAGGAAUGCAGAGCCACUAGGCAGGUUGAAGAAGGCUCAAGUUUUGUUUCUUGAAAGAGUGUCUGAGUAUAGCAUGACAACUAGUUCAUUCCAGAAGGUGGCCACUCAAUCAGGAAAUGGUGGAACUCAUGUCAACCCAUGGCUGAUUUCAGCCAUUAAGGAUCUUCUAAAAAAACUGAACCCUCAGAUGUUAAAAUAUGACGGGUACCAUCCAAACAAAAAAGCUUAUCCUGGAAAGGUGUCAUUAUCUACUUUGCUUAAAUCAGGCAGGAAUACAAAGAUUGAUUUAGGUGGUUUUACGUACCUAAUUAAAGGCUGUGCCGGUAAGGGUGGAUUUGCACAAGUAUUCAAAGCAUACUUUGACAGUAAUCCGGAUGAGAUUGUUGCACUUAAGAUUCAAAAACCUGCAUUCCCAUGGGAAUUCUACAUGUAUCGUCAACUAGACUUACGGAUUCCACAAAAUGAGAGGUCGAGUUUUGGCUUUGCCCAUCGGAUGCAUCUUUAUUCAGACUACAGCAUACUUGUGUCUGAUUUUGUGGCUAAUGGUACUCUCCAGGAUGCCAUAAACGCUAAUGCUGCAAUUGGAGGUUCCAUGGAAGAACUCUUAUGCAUUUAUUACACCAUAGAGAUGCUAUGCAUGUUGGAAAGUCUGCAUGGUGCUGCAAUUAUCCAUGGUGACUUCAAACCUGAUAAUCUGCUUGUUCGUUAUGCAAGGGAUAAUCUAACAGAAGAUGUUGAGGCAUUUCGUAACCGCACUGGUCCAUGGCGCGACCAGGGACUGUGCCUUGUUGACUGGGGUAGGGGAAUAGAUAUGAGCCUCUUUCCUGAGAAGACACAGUUUAUAGGGGACUGUAGAACUUCUGGAUUUCGCUGCAUUGAAAUGCAGGAGAACAAGCCUUGGACAUUUCAGGUGGAUACAUAUGGCUUAUGCGUGAUUGUUCAUAUGAUGCUUUUCGGUUCCUAUAUGGAAAUCGAGAAAAGGACAACACGCGGGGGAACCUACAUCUACCAGCCCAAAUCACACUUCAAACGGUACUGGAAUACUAAACUGUGGGAAAGCUUGUUUACCAAGUGUCUGAAUUCAGAACCAAACGAAGAUCAGGUGGCUGUGUUGAAGGACCUGAGACAUGCAUUUCAAGAUUAUAUCUGCACAGAUCCUCAGUUGCUGAGAAAGCUUAGGCAAUCGUUACAGAAGCAAAAGACAUCGUUACACUAGCCGGUUCAGAUGUGCUUAGAAUCUUCAAUCACUAGGAAUUUCAGAAUUGCAGAUAAGACACCCUCAACUCCUACUACACUUAUUCUAGUAUAAUUGGUUCUUAGGUCCCUUCUUGAGCCCGGAUGUGGUUCUUCGUAUUCUUGACACGCUCGAAUCGUCUUUCACAUAAUUGAAUCUACAUUGUGUUCUGAGUCAAUAGUAUAUUUCAUAUUUGCUGUCAUAUAUUACAAGAUGAGAAGUACUACCUCCGUCCUAGUGUAUUUGUCCAGUUUGACUGCUUUGAGUCAAACUGGACAAACUUUGAACUUCAAUUACUCUCAAUUUAUAUUGCAUAUUAGCAUAAUGAAAUACAAUUUGAAAGUUCUCAAUACGAUAAAUCCAAUAAAGUCAUUUUUAUGUUAAAAUACAUUACGGUUUUUAUU